AUGGUGGCCGAGGGCAAGAGGUGGCGGUUCGCGAUGGUGUGCUCUUCGAACAUGAACCGGAGCAUGGAGGCGCACUCGCAGCUGGGCCGCGCGGGGCUCGACGUCGAGUCCUAUGGCACGGGCACCCACGUCAAGCUCCCCGGCCCCUCCCUCCACGAGCCCAACGUCUACGACUUCGGCACCCCCCUAUGGGGCCAUCUACGACGACCUCCGCCGCAAGGACCCCGACCUGUCAAUAGCAACCAUUCUAAAUCUUUUGAAAUUUCGGUGUCCCUGUUUGCAAUGUCUCUUUGUGGGUGCCGAACUGGGUACAAGAGGAAUGGGUUGCUGCCUAUGCUGAAGAGGAAUACCUCGGUGAAGCUAGCGCCUCAGCGGUGGCAGGACAACGCCGGCGACGGGGUGUUUGAUAUGAUAAUGACCUUUGAGGAGAGGGUCUUCGACUUGGUUGUUGAAGAUAUGAGUAACCGCGAGCCGAGGCUGAUGAAGUGUGUGCUGAUAAUAAAUAUGGAUGUCAAAGAUAACCAUGAAGAAGCUGGUGUUGGGGCAAAGCUUGCUGUAGAGUUGUGCCAGAAGCUUGAAGCAAUUGAUGGUGACUGGGAGGACAUAAUUGAUGACCUGAUUACUGCAUUUGAGAAGCAGCACAAGCGGAGGCUUGCAUACAGCAUUUCAUUCUACUAA